AUGGAGCUAAAGACUACGGACUAUAAAGCUACAACCAGAGUUUACGGGCCACAGGCUGCAGCAGGCUACGGGCCACAGGCUGCAGCCGGCUACGGCCCACAGGCUGCAACCGGCUACGGCCCACAGGCUGCAGCCGGCUACGGGCCACAGGCUGCAGCAGGCUACGGGCCACAGGCUGCAGCAGGCUACGGGCCACAGGGUGCAGCCGGCUACGGCCCACAGGCUGCAGCCGGCUACGGGCCACAGGCUGCAGCAGGCUACGGGCCACAGGCUGCAGCCGGCUACGGGCCACAGGCUGCAGCAGGCUACGGGCCACAGGCUGCAGGCGGCUACGGCCCACAGGCUGCAGCCGGCUACGGCCCACAGGCUGCAGCCGGCUACGGGCCACAGGCUGCAGCCGGCUACGGGCCACAGGCUGCAGCAGGCUACAGGCCACAGGCUGCAGCCGGCUACGGCCCACAGGCUGCAGCCGGCUACGGGCCACAGGCUGCAGCCGGCUACGGGCCACAGGCUGCAGCAGGCUACGGGCCACAGGCUGCAGCCGGCUACGGCCCACAGGCUGCAGCCGGCUACGGGCCACAGGGUGCAGUAGGCUACGGGCCACAGGCUGCAGCAGGCUACGGCCCACAGGCUGCAGCCGGCUACGGGCCACAGGCUGCAGCAGGCUACGGGCCACAGGCUGCACCCGGCUACGGCCCACAGGCUGCAGCCGGCUACGGCCCACAGGCUGCAGCCGGCUACGGGCCACAGGCUGCAGCAGGCUACGGCCCACAGGCUGCAGCCGGCUACGGCCCACAGGCUGCAGCCGGCUACGGGCCACAGGCUGCAGCCGGCUACGGCCCACAGGCUGCAGCAGGCUACGGGCCACAGGCUGCAGCCGGCUACGGCCCACUGGCUGCAGCAGGCUACGGGCCACAGGCUGCAGCAGGCUACGGGCCACAGGCUGCAGGCGGCUACGGGCCACAGGGUGCAGCCGGCAACGGGCCACAGGCUGCAGCCGGCAACGGGCCACAGGGUGCAGCCGGCUACGGGCCACAGGGUGCAGCCGGCUACGGGCCACAGGCUGCAGGCGGCUACGGGCCACAGGCUGCAGGCGGCUACGGGCCACAGGGUGCAGCCGGCUACGGGCCACAGGCUGCAGCUGGCUACGGGCCACAGGGUGCAGGCGGCUACGGGCCACAGGCUGCAGCUGGCUACGGGCCACAGGGUGCAGGCGGCUACGGGCCACAGGGUGCAGCCGGCUACGGGCCACAGGGUGCAGGCGGCUACGGGCCACAGGGUGCAGGCGGCUACGGGCCACAGGCUGCAGCUGGCUACGGGCCACAGGGUGCAGGCGGCUACGGGCCACAGGGUGCAGGCGGCUACGGGCCACAGGCUGCAGCUGGCUACGGGCCACAGGCUGCAGGCGGCUACGGGCCACAGGGUGCAGGCGGCUACGGGCCACAGGGUGCAGCCGGCUACGGGCCACAGGGUGCAGGCGGCUACGGGCCACAGGCUGCAGCUGGCUACGGGCCACAGGGUGCAGGCGGCUACGGGCCACAGGGUGCAGCCGGCUACGGGCCACAGGCUGCAGCUGGCUACGGGCCACAGGCUGCAGGCGGCUACGGGCCACAGGCUGCAGCUGGCUACGGGCCACUGGGUGCAGCCGGCUACGGGCCACAGGCUGCAGCUGGCUACGGGCCACAGGGUGCAGCCGGCUACGGGCCACAGGCUGCAGCUGGCUACGGGCCACAGGGUGCAGCCGGCUACGGGCCACAGGCUGCAGCUGGCUACGGGCCACAGGGUGCAGCCGGCUACGGGCCACAGGCUGCAGCUGGCUACGGGCCACAGGGUGCAGCCGGCUACGGGCCACAGGCUGCAUGCGGCUACGGGCCACAGGGUGCAGCCGGCUACGGGCCACAGGCUGCAGCCGGCUACGGGCCACAGGUACCAUACAAGUAA